AUGGCUGGAAUAAGAAGACUGCUGCUGUUUACCACCCUACUCCUCUCACUAUCCAUCCUCCUCAUCUUCUACUCAUCAUCAACAACCAACACGAACAACAGCUUGCCAACAUCAGCAUCAUCAUUGGCCAUACAGGACAGACUCAAGGGAUAUCUGCCCAACAAGGAGACCCUCAAGACCUAUGUACCCAAACCAUUCAAAUGGUCAAACUGGGCCACCUCCGAUGCAGUCAAACUCGAAGAUAGUCUGAUUACAACCACUACUACCAACCAACAGCAACAGAACAGCAACAAGCACAACAAUCAAUCUACAUCUCAGACCAACCAGUCCACUCUACCUACGAACUACCAUCCCAACGGACUCUACUAUCUGAGCCAACCACCGCCAUUAGAACGCCAUCCGAUCCUGGAUCUGAUCGACAAAGCAGAACAAGAAUGGGCCAACAAAGUCGCGAAAAGCUCGAGAAGUUUGGAAGAAGCCGUUGCGGAAUAUCGCCGGAGAUACCAUCAACCGCCCCCCUUUGGGUUCGAGAAGUGGUGGGAAUAUGCACAGAAAGAGGGGGUGAUCUUGACGGAUGAAUACGACCAAAUCGGCGCGGACAUCAAGCCGUUCCUAGCCAUCGAGCCCUCCGACCUGCUUCAUCGCGCCUGGGUGAUGGCCAACGAACGCCCAGAAACGUUCACCCUGACCAUCAACUCUACUGCCCCCGUCUUGAUCUCCGGCAAAGAAGGCCAUCUCGCUCGCGCUAAGGAUCUUGCUAAACUCAUCAACCUCUUCGUCCAUCUGCUGCCUCAGAACUCCGGCUCAAUCAAUCAUCUCUUGAACCUCACGUUCACUAAACACGAUCAACCCGCCGUCCAAAUGACUUGGCCUCGGAAACAGAAAAUGGUAGAGAUGGCUGAGGCUGGUGAAUAUUUUUUCGCCCUCGGAUUAUAUAAGACCGUCGAACCCGAAGCUAAGCAACUGGGCGAAUGCAUGACACAGAGCGACAUAUUAGUGACGCCCUUGGAACAAUAUAGCGAUACGUAUAUCGGCGAUGAUCCAGAAUGGUCGAAGAAGAAGAUCACGAAGUUAUUAUGGAGGGGGUCGACGACGGGGGCGGAGUUCCGGAGCGAUGUGGACUGGCGAGCGAGUCAGCGUGCGCGUCUGCAUCUGAUGGCCCACCAUUCCAACGGCUCCACCCACAUCCUUUCGCCCGACGACUCGCUCACUCGGAUCGUCUCUAAAGACAUCGAGUCGCUGAACCAUAAGUUGUUGGAUGUCUCCUUCUCCGGCGGACCCGUCCAAUGCGACCCUGUUACCUGUGAGUAUAUGCACACCCAUUUGAAGUUCGCGGGGACCAUGGGCUUGGAUGAAAGCUAUCAGUAUAAAUAUUUAAUGGAUGUAGACGGCAAUGGUUGGUCAGGAAGAUUUCAUCGAUUGAUGUCGACGAAAUCUUUAGUGCUCAAGUCGACAAUCUUUCCGGAAUGGUAUUCGGAUCGAAUCCAACCUUGGGUUCAUUAUGUUCCUAUUAAAGUGGAUUAUUCCGAUUUAUAUGAUGUGAUGGUUUUUUUCCAAGGAGAAGAGGAGGAGGAAGAAGAAGAAGAAAUGAACAAAGAUCCCAACAGCCGACCGACGAAGCGAUCCCCAGAGCGUAAAAGGAAAAGAUCUAGAAGAGACGGAGACGGAGGAAGAGAGCGUUAUAAUCAACAUCAGAAGCGGAAAACCAAGAAGAAUACUGGACACGACCAAUUGGCUGAGAAAAUCGCUUCUCAAGGCAAACGUUGGGCGGCUGAACAUUGGAGAAGAACUGAUAUGGCGGCUUAUAUGUUUAGAUUGGUCUUGGAAUGGAGGAGAGUGAUGUUGCGUGGAACAGGCGAACCUCUGGAUUAUUUCGGAUAAAAACAUACAAGGAUUUGUGUGGUUUUUUUCGCGUUGCAAUUAUU